ACAUGCCAAAGUAAUACAUAGGAAUGGGUACAAUCAUUAAAAAUUGUAAUUUUUUUCGAAAAAAAUGCUAAAAACUUGAUAAAUUAAUAAAAUUCCAAUUCUUUGCUAUCGCAAAUAAGCAGUAACUGAUACGACUGCAGCGCGAUCUGCGUGCUACUCGGAGUUUCAGUUAAUAGUUUUCGCUUUUCGUUUAGUUUCCACUUUUCAGCACGGACUAGGACACUUUAUGGGCUGAGAAGUGACAUCUUAGUUCAUGGUUUUCACUUUUAAGUUUGUUUUGUGUUUUCAUUUUUACAGUCUUCGCCGUUAAUACAAUAAUUUGUCUAUGAAUUUCAUCGUAUAUCACCACCUUUGGUCGUCGUUUUCGUUUCGAUUCAAAAUUGCAAAAACCCGAGACUUCGCCGUAAAAGUGACAGCGUAAUAAUUUAUUUUCCCGUGUUUGACGGUUUCGUCCCCGAAGCCGUUUCGACGCCAUACUGUGGUAACUAACAAUUAUUAUUGUUACCUAUGAACACCAAUUAUCAGACAUGGCCAUGAAAAGGACUAUUGACUUUCAUCUGAACAAUCAGCGGAAAAAAGCCAAUCUAUAUAGAGCGAUCAAAAAUGAUGUAAACAACCCAAUAGUUAUUUUGGGCAAUGACUCUAGUACCGAUGAGGAGUCAAUGAGCUUGUCGCCUACUAACUUAUUUCCUCUCAGUCAUUAUGCAAAUGACCCUGAACAGUUAAUACAACAAUUGUUUUCUGUUGUACGUGGUAAACGGCUUGCUCGACUUAUACCACCAGAACUUAAGGAUAUGACAUUUGAAGAGUUGAAAACAGAUUGUCUCAUUCAGUUAUUGUGCAUGUCAAAGAAGCGAGUGUUGGCUACAUUGGAAGGCAAAGAAAUGAAUUCAUCGUCAGACUCUGAUGACUCUAUUGAUGAUGUUAAGAAACAAAAUAAAUUAGAAACAGGAAAAAAAGAUGAAACUGGCCAAAAGAGACAUCUCAAAGAAAAACGAAUAAAAUCAUUAAAAAAGAAAAAAAUUGAAACAGAUAGUGAAACAGAAGAAGAAAAAUCAAAGGAAAAAGAAGGAAAAACAUUAUUAGAGAUUUUAGAAUUAGAAAUGAAAGCAAAAGCUAUACGUGCUCUACUAGGACCUAAUCAAAAGGAUAAUAAUACACAAAUUGAAGAAGCUAUUAAAAACGAAAUAAUUGGAGAAAAAAUUGAAGAAAAAAACGAUGACAAGAGUUGGAGUGAACGUUAUGAACAAAGAGAAGAUGUUAAAGAUGUAGUUAAAACUAGCAAGUUGUGUACAAAUAUGAGACGCCGCAUGCUUCUACAUCAACAAAAGAUGUUGGCAGAUAGAGCCAAAUUCAAAGCUGCAGAAGCUGAAAAGACUAAAUCUGGGGAUUCGAUAAAAUCAAAAUUGGAAGAAAAAUUACAAAAUGUGUAUCCUAAAAAUGAAUUAGAGCCAACAAAUGUUACUACGCUAGAGAAAAACCAUAAUGAAACUGUUAAAGAGCCAUUAGGUGAUUGCAAUACUACUCAGAACACUGAUAUUAAACUCCAAGAAACAAGCAAAUUACAUGAAGAUGACGUAAAUAAAAUAAACAGAAACAGUGCUACUAGUUCAAAUGAACCUAAAAACAAAAAUAACAACCAAGAAUCAACUGAUGACGACUCACAAAAAAGUACAGAUUUUGAAAAAGUAUUGAGUGAGUACACACAGAAGAAUACAGAUUUAGAAACAACUAUUAAUGAAUAUUCAAAAAAAAAUACUGAUUUGGAGGAAGAAAUAAAUGAAUGUUCAAAGAGAAAUGAUGAUAUGGAAAACACUAUGAAUAAAUGUGCACAGAAAAAUUCUGAUAUUGAAUCAGCUAUCAAUAAUUACUCAGUGGAAAACAAUGGUGUUGAUGACAGUAUUGUUAAAGAAAAUGAAAAAAAUGAAAAAAAUGGUGAAACGAAAACUGAGGUUGAGAAAUAUUCCCAGACAAAUACUGACCUUGAUUUAAUAAUCAACCAGGGUUCAAAAAAGAAUGUAGACCUUAAUACAAUAAUUAAAGAAUAUGCAAAAAGGAAUUCUGAUAUAAUGACAUUGAUUAAUGAAUAUUCCCAAAACAAUGUCGAUAUUCAAUCUGUUAUUGGUGAAUAUGCUAAAGGAAACCUCAAGUUAGAGACAAUUAUUGAUGAGUAUUCACAUAUAAAUGCUAAAAUCAAGACUAUGGUUAAUGAAUAUUCAGUAAAUAAUAGUAAUGUAGAAAAAAUCAUUGAUCGAAACAAUCGAAAACAAUUAUUAGUUGAUAAAUAUAAUGUGGAAUCGGUUGGUGGAAAAGCUGUUGAUGCAGAUUGUACAAAAAACAAAAUUGAAAUUUCUGGUGGAACUUGUGUGUCCUCACACUCAGGCAGUAUGGAAACUAAUAUUGAACCAAGUAACAAAUUAGUUGACCUAUCAGCCAACGAAGAAGAUAAAGAGACUAAGGUAUUAAGUUUAUUAUUUGAAAAAGUCAAAAAAAUUUAACUCAAAAUAGACACUCAUUAACUAAAUAAUAUAUUAAUACUAGUGUAAAAAUAAAAUUGUUAUUACAAACUUGAUUUUUAGUGAAGUUAAACUAUUCGUAAUAAAAAACUAUGAUUUUUAUCAUAGAUGGACGCUAAUAAAUUUAAAGAAAUGUACUAUAUUAGAUACAUUAAAAGAAAAAACGUAUUAUUCUCUUGUAGACCUUACAAAAUGUAACUAAUUAUUAUUUGUCAAUUUUAUUGAAGUAAUAAUAUGUUUAGAUAUUUAUUACUAAAAGAAAUAAAC